AUGACCCCCGUUCACUUCACUUUUUCAUCGACCUUCUUACUAGGGUUAACAGGACUAGCCCUCCACCGAACCCAUCUUCUCUCUGCUCUCCUAUGUUUAGAGGGAAUAAUACUCUCCCUGUUUAUUGCACUCUCCCUAUGGACCCUACAACUAGACUCCACUAACUUCUCAGCCUCCCCUAUACUACUACUAGCUUUCUCAGCUUGCGAAGCAAGUGCCGGACUCGCUCUAUUGGUAGCUACAGCCCGUACCCACGGGUCUGACCGCUUACAAAGCCUAAAUCUCCUACAAUGCUAA